AUCAGAGACGCUGAACAGGUUUGGGCAGUGAUUUCAGAUUGCCCUCCGCAGUCAUGUGGUGAUACUCUCUCUCUCACACACACACACACACACACACAAACACACACACACUCACUCUUGUUAUGGCGCACCCGUAUGACCCCUGGUUGCGAGCGGGGCCCCCGCAGGAGGAGGUGUCGGGCUGGUGGGACAUCCACGGAGCGGCCGCCGGCUGGAUGGACCUGCAGGGGGCGGCUGGGGCGGGGCCAGUGCAGGGAGGCUCCAUGAGCUCCUACACACCUGAGCCGCAGAUGUGCUCCACCCACUCGGGCCUGCACUACCCGGCCGAGGGCUUCAAGAUGGAGCCGCUGGCCCCGGAUCCGCUGCCGCUGGCGCAGGCCUCGGCGUCGUUCUCCACGGAGGAGCAGCAGGACGGCGCGGGGGCCUCGGCUCGGCCUCGAUCGCAGCGGCGCUCCGGCGGUCGCGCUCCCGGACAGGCCUCCUGCCGCUGCCCCAACUGCCUGAGCGCCGAGUCUCUGGGGAGCGACAAGCGCAAGCACCUGCACAACUGCCACAUCCCCGGCUGCGGGAAGGCCUACGUGAAGACGUCGCACCUCAAGGCGCACCUGCGCUGGCACAGCGGCGACCGGCCCUUCGUCUGCAACUGGCUGUUCUGCGGCAAGCGCUUCACGCGCUCCGACGAGCUGCAGCGCCACCUGCAGACGCACACCGGAGCCAAGCGCUUCGGCUGCAGCUCGUGCCCGAGGGUCUUCCUCCGCGCAGACCACCUGGCCAAGCACAUGCGCGUGCACGAGAGCCCGGCCGAGGAGCCUCGGUCCAGCAGCAGCGCGCUGCUCAGAGUGAAGACCGAGGCGGAGAACUGCGACGACGACCCGCCGGUCACCAACGGCUGACCACACACCAGAUCACCCUGAAGGCCACUGAACUAUAAUCACAUUAGGAUUACAUACGUAACGCUUCUCUAUCUUCGGUUUUAUUUAUAUUUGUACAUUUUGUGUUUUAUAUUCUCCGUUGAUUAACUUAAGAUGUUGCUUUUUUUCGGUCAGUGUAGUCUUGAGACGUUUAGUGAGGAUAUGUAAUUAGUUCGAAUAAAUAUAAAGGCGUUUUGUUCGUUUUCCGUUCGUGUCUUGUGAUAGUGCCAUAAAACACUAGUCUAACAAUAAACACAAUCUCUGUCAAUUAAAUCGUUUAUUUAUACUGUGACUGUUUACUCAUUUCUAUUAAUGAAUUGACUGACCCCAUUAUUCAGUAUGAAGGUUACAUAAAAAGACAGAUGAAGAUUAAAAAUAAUUCAUGCUUAAUCAAUUUAAUACAAUGUAAAUAAGUUGAAAAUUAAAACGAGAUAUGAACCAGGUACUGUAAAUGCUCUGAGAGAAAGAGAGCAAAAGCAGAUUAAUAAUAAUAAUAAUAAUAAAACAAAAAUAAGUUUAAUGGAAACGAGUACCCAGUUAUAAUCAGUAAGGACCAAAAAUGCAAAUAUAAAUGAAAUGUGGAGUGUUUAAAGUCUAUCUAACAGAGAAAUACUACAGAAAUUGAAUACACUUAUGAAAUGUAUGAAUGAAAUAUUCACUGUACAAAUUAAAUGCAGAAUCACUGUUAUUAAAGCCACAAACAUUAUUCAGACAAACAGCAAA